ACAGCUGACUUUGCUUACGUUUGAAUUACGUUUCUUGACUUUCUUUCUUUCUUCAGCGUUAUUAUUCUCUUCCCUAGCACAUUAUUAGCACACGUCGAUUACUACAACUGUUGAAACCGUGAGAUUGUAGAAACAACGUACAACGGAGAUUAAUUUUUGUAAUUUAAGAUCACAGUUUUCAGGACUUUGGUUCUUACUUAAUAUGGCGGCACAAAUUUCAAACAUUUAUCAGUUCAAAAUAACCCUGAAAAGAAGUAAGCCCCCAAUAUGGCGACGCAUCCUAGUCCCAGAAGAUUACACAUUUUGGAAUUUGCAUGUGGCAAUUCAGCAAGCGAUGGGAUGGUCUUCUGCUGAAGGAAAUUACCAUUUACAUCAAUUUGAAAUAAUCAAUCCUGAGACAUCGCAGAAAGAUUUGAUUGGUGUUGAGGAUAAAUUCAGUGGUUAUGGAGAUGAAUUAAUCAAUGAAAAGAAAGUUAAAAUAGCCAAGUACUAUUCCCUAUCCAACAAGAAAGCAAAUUAUGAGUAUGAUUUCGGUGAUGGUUGGGAGCAUGAAGUCUUGUUGGAAAACAUUCUACCGGCAGUUGCCAAUACUCAGUAUCCAAAAUGUAUUGCUGGUAAAAGAGCUUGUCCACCUGAAGAUUGUGGUGGUGUUGGAGGCUAUGAAGACCUUCUAGAAAUUAUUGCCAAUCCUACCCAUGAAGAGCACAAGGAGCGCAUGGAAUGGUUGGAGGGGAUGGGUUAUGCCCACAAUAAUCAAUUUAAGCCUGAAGAAUUUGAUCCUAAAUCAGUUUCGUUUGAAUCCCUUGGUUUAUUCGGCGUGUUAGAUGGUGAGGAUGACGACAGCGAAUAAUAAACAUGAUUUAAACUUAUAAGGCUAUUACUAUUAGGUAGUGCCUUUAACACAAAAAAACGAAAAAGAACAAACCUUUAUAAUCGAAGAUGCAGAUGCACAUCGACGUGUUCGUCAGUUUUUCAACUUCUAAAUGUUGUAAUGGUCAAGCAGACAAAUCUUGGAAGUUUAUUUUUCAUUAUUAUUUGAUUUUUUUAUUGUCUGCCCUUCGACAAACACAGGCAGCGUUUGACUUUAUGUUUGGCAUGUAUGUGUUUGAUUUGUUAGUUUUCAUUGUCAGCUCGCCUUUUAGGAAAUGGAAAAUGUUACGCCCUUGCUGCAACUUAGAAAUGAUCUGGAAAUUUAUGGUUUAAUAAAACUCAGUUUCUUAAUAA